UAUUUUUCACCUACCCCUAGCCGCCACCAGCCAACUCCACUUUUUCUCCACACCAUCUCUCCUCCUUGCUACAUGGCGCUCGGCAGUAGGACUGCUCCAUGGGCGUUGCCUCCCUCCACUCUGGCAGACCCGUGGAGCACAGGAUGUCGGCCAGGGGAACCAGCAGCUGAAGCCCCUCUCUGCUCUCUCAUCUUCCUUGGCCGCCAAGCCCAGCCAUGGCGCCCUACUCCCUCAACGCUGGUACAGGUUGUCUCCUCCCUGGCAGCGCCUCCCUAAGCUCCUUUCCCCAGCCAUGGUGGGGGCGCGCAGAUGUUCCUCUAGCUCGGUGCCCCUCCCUGCUCCAUUUUUUUCCUUUUUCUCUCUGCUCUCUGCCGCUGGCAGCCAUGGCGCUGGCCCCUGCUCCAUGCCGACGCCCCUGCUCCUCUUCUCUCUACCGCAAGCACCCCUCCUCCCUGCUCUCUGUUCGGCGCAGGAGCCCCCAUGGUGCCUUGAAAUGGUUGGCGUCUUCCACAUGGCCGGAAAUCUCCUCAUCCAAACUCGCUGCCUGUCCUCGCUGGUCGCGUGCAGCGAGCAUCCCUCGCCGACAUCCUCCCUCGCCUCGCCAGCCGAGCUCCUUCUUGGUCGAGCUCUCCUCAUGCCCGUCGCGCCUAUUCCCAUCCAGAUUUCGUGCCCUUUCUCUAGUGCAGCAUCACUGUUGCGGGGUUUCCUCGUCGCACUCGUCGUUGGGCUCCAACCGGGUGUGCGCAGCCCAUCCGCGACGCCGUUGAAACCCGUGCUAGUGGUCGACGUCGCUUCGCGCUUUGCCCGUUCAACGAAACGCCGAGUCGUGUGGACAACCCAUGUGACUAAUCUCGAUUCGUCCAGGUUGUUCACUUGGUAUUUUGUGGAUUAAUCUAUUUAAGCUUUGGUCGAUGUUGUGCAUGUGUAUGUAUAUGUGUAAAAAAAUGUAUUGGUAUGGAUUGAAGUUUGUGGCGAAAGAAAACGAGUUAGAAAGAGGGCUCGGAUGUUUUUAAGUUUCGGUAAGAAUGUAUUUGAUGUGUGGUUUGCUGUGAGGAUAAUUUUUAAAAUGUGGAUUAUGUGUUGGGGAAUGCAUCGAUAGGUGUCUACG